CCCUGCAACCGGAACAUCCGGUUGUUGGGGACUUGGCAGAGAGGCUACAAAUGGAGCAGCCUACAGCUACUUUCCUUGAAAUAUAGUUGCCAACUCUGCGGCUCAGCUGGUACUCUAGAAAACAUGGCAGCCGUCAGUAAAUAUUUUACAGCUAAAAACUCCUCGAUAGCUGGGGGAGUCUUACUCGCUUUAUGCAUCCUGAAGCAAAGAAGAAGAGGAGGCAAGUCAAGCGGUACAAAAGGGGGCUCAGAACUGGUGUUGAGCAAUGAAGACAAAGCAGCUAAGAAAGACCGGGCGGCGGUGGACUAUGUCUUCUUCCUCAGAAUCAGCAAGAUCCUCCGGAUCAUGGUGCCUCGAUGGUUCUGCAAAGAGACUGGAUACCUUCUCUUCAUCGCUGCUAUGCUGGUGACCCGGACAUACUGUGACGUAUGGAUGAUCCAGAACGGAACCAUGAUUGAAAGUGCAAUUAUCGUUCGCAACAACGCCGAUUUCAAGAACUACUUGUUCAAGUGUUGCAAAGCUAUGCCAAUUUUUGCCUUGGUGAAUAACCUCUUGAAGCUGGGUCUGAACGAGCUGAAGCUGAAGUUCAGAGAGAGGCUGACUAAACAUCUCUACGACGAGUACCUCAAAGGAUACACGUACUACAAAAUGGGCAACCUGGAUAACCGCAUUGCCAACGCUGACCAGCUGCUGACUCAAGACGUAGAGAAGUUUUGUAACAGUGUGGUUGACCUCUACUCCAAUCUCAGCAAGCCUCUCUUGGACAUUGGACUGUACAUCUUCAAGCUGACGUCUUCCAUCGGAGCCCAGGGCCCAUCGAGUAUGAUGGCCUACCUGCUGAUCUCAGGCCUGUUCCUGACCAGACUGCGGAAGCCCAUCGGUAAGAUGACUGUCAUUGAGCAGCGCUACGAGGGAGAGUACCGAUAUGUCAACUCACGACUCAUCACCAACAGUGAGGAGAUUGCCUUCUACAAUGGCAAUAUGAGAGAGAAACAGACAAUUCAUUCAACAUUUAAGAAAUUGGUCGACCAUUUGCAUAAGUUCAUCUUCUUCCGCUUCUCUAUGGGCUUUUUAGACAGCAUGGUCGCCAAGUACAUGGCCACCGUGGUGGGCUACCUGGUGGUGAGUCGGCCCUUCCUCAACCUGUCCGACCCCCGCCACAUGAACAGCACCCAAGCUGAGCUGAUGGAAGACUAUUACCAGAGUGGCAGGAUGCUGCUGAGUCUGGCCCAGGCUCUGGGAAGGAUCGUACUGGCUGGCAGAGAUAUGACCAGGCUUUCCGGGUUCACCAUGCGUAUCACUGAGCUCAGGAAGGUCCUGAAAGAACUGAACUCUGGGAAAUACGAGCGUACCAUGGUCUCCCAUCAGAACAAAGAAUCAUUAGGUGUAGAAAGAGUCACACUGGUCCCGGGCAGCGGACAGAUCAUCAACGUAGACCACAUCAUCAAGUUUGAACACACACCACUAGCAACACCCAAUGGAGAUGUACUGAUCAAGGACCUGACCUUUGAAGUGCGGUCUGGUACCAACGUGUUAGUGUGUGGGCCCAAUGGCUGUGGCAAGAGCUCACUCUUCAGAGUACUGGGAGAGCUCUGGCCUCUGUUCGGAGGGCAGCUGACCAAGCCUGAGCGAGGGAAGCUCUUCUAUGUUCCUCAGAGACCCUACAUGCCCAUUGGCACGUUGAGGGAUCAGGUGAUCUACCCUGACACCUAUGAGGAGCAAAAGAGGAAAGGCAUCUCUGACCAGGUGCUGAAGGAGUACCUGGGCAACGUCCAGUUAGGUCACAUCCUGGACAGAGAGGGGACUUGGGACACCGUGCAGGACUGGAUGGAUGUCCUCAGUGGAGGAGAGAAGCAGAGGAUGGCGAUGGCAAGGUUGUUCUACCACAAACCUCAGUUUGCCAUCUUGGAUGAGUGCACCAGUGCUGUGAGUGUAGAUGUGGAGGACUUCAUCUACAGUCACUGCAGAACGGUUGGCAUCAGUCUGUUCACUGUCUCUCACAGAAAAUCUUUGUGGAAACACCAUGAGUACUACCUUCACAUGGACGGAAGAGGGAACUACGACUUCAAACCUAUCACUGAGGAGACCAUAGAGUUCGGCUCCUAGAAGAGCGUCAACGACACACACACCAUCCUCCGGCCUGAAGAAAGGCGCCCACUAAUUCUGCACUUAAAACAAACCUAGACUACUGUUUUUAAUCAAUUGUAACCUCUUUUGUUGUUUUCUUUUGACAAGAUGUAUUUAAAUGAUCAGAUAUGUUAGUCUGGUUAAGUAAACAUUUGUCAACGGUGAUUGUAUGUGUUUGUUAAACGCUCUACAACAACGCUUUCUUAGUGUCCAACAAGCUUUUUCUGCCCUUAACCUUGUUCUGAACACCUCCAAAACAAAGGUCAUGUGGUUUAGUAAGAAGAAUGCCCCUCUCCCCACCAGUGUGAUUUCUACCUCUGAGGGUUUAGAGCUUGAGGUAGUCACCUCAUAGAAGUACUUGGUAGUAUGGCUAGACGGUACACUGUCCUUCUCUCAGCAUAUAUCAAAGCUGCAGGCUAAAGUUAAAUCUAGACUUGCUUUUUCCUCUAUUGUAAAUGCUCCUCUUUCACCCCAGCUGCCAAACUAAUCCUGAUUCAGAUGACCAUGCUAGACUAUGGAGACGUCAUUUAUAGAUCGGCAGGUAAGGGUGCUCUCGAGCGGUUAGAUGUUCUUUACCAUUUGGCCAUCAGAUUUGCCACCAAUGCACCUUAUAGGACACAUCACUGCACUCUAUACUCCUCUGUAAACUGGUCAUCUCUGUAUACCUGUCGCAAGACCCACUGGUUGAUGCUUGUUUAUAAAACCCUCUUAGGCCUCACUCCCCCUAUCUGAGAUAUCUCCUGCAGCCCUCAUCCUCAACAUACAACACCUGUUCUGCCAGUCACAUUCUAAAGGUCCCCAAAGCACACACAUCCCUGGGUCGCUCCUCUUUUCAGUUUGCUGCAGCUAGCGACUGGAACGAGCUGCAAAAAACACUCAAAUUUGACCAUUUUUAUCUCUCUUCAUUCAAAGAGUCAAUCAUGGAUACUUACAGAUGUGGCUGCUUUGCGUGACAUAUUGUUGUCUCUACCUUCUUGCCCUUUGUGUUGUUGUCUGUGCCCAAUAGGGGCGGCAGGUAGCCUGGUGGUUAGAGUGUUGGGCCAGUAACUGAAAGGUUGCUGGAUCGAAUCCCUGAGGUGCCAAGAUAAAAAAAAAUCCUGCUUCUGGGCAUGGCAGUGAAUCCCCUGUUCCCCAAUCAUCAAAAACAUGGAUGUUGAUCAAGGCAGCCCCCCGCACCUCUCUGAUUCUGAGCGGUUGGCUUAAAUGUGGAAGACCCAUUUCAGUUGAAGGCAUUAAGUUGUACAACUGACUAGGUAUCCCCCUUUCCCAAUAAUGUUUGCACCAUGUUUUGUGCUGUUGCUAUGUUGUGUUGCUACAAUGCUGUUUCCAUGUGAUGCUGCCACGCUAUGUUGUCUUAGGUCUCUCUUUAUGUAGUGUUGUGGUGUCUUUCUUGUUGUGAUGUGUGUUUUGUCCUAUUUUAUUUUUAAUCCCAUCCCCCGUCACCGCAGGAGGCCUUUUGGUAGGCCGUCAUUGUAAAUAAGAAUUUGCUCUUAACUGACUUGCCUAGUUAAAUAAAUAAUUAUAUAAAAAUA